UGUUCUUGAAAUUUCCAGACUGUCUACUCGAUGCUGCAGGGGGGUCCACGGAUGCUGACAUCUGGGGCCCCUCCUCAGCAGAUGGGCCCCGGCCCCCAGUUCCCCGGCCAGGCCGAGGGCCAGCCGGGGCCGCAGCAGGCAAUGUACGCUCCUCAGUCGUUCUCUCACCACUCGAGCUCCCUCCUCCAUCCUCAGCCCUCCAGCACCCCCACCGGGAACCAGCCCCUGCCCCAGCACAGUGCGCCCAGCCCAGGACACGCUCACAGUCACGGUGGCCCUCAGCCUCAAUCCAUGUUUCACUCCGGAGGCCUGUCGGCUCCCACUCCUCCCAACCUUCCGCCGGGCCACAGCUCCCCUCAGGCCUCCUACACCAUGCAGGGGUACAGCCUCCCCGCCCACCAGCAGCUGUCGCACGGCUUCCCCUCCAUCGGGCAGCUCACACAGGCUCACGUCACCGGAGGCAUGACAGGACCCCACCACUCUGCCGGCCACGGGCCCCCCCUCAUGCUACACUACGCACCCCCCCAGCAGGGCGGCAGCUCCAACCCCCAACACGGCCCGCCGACCCAACAGGGGGCGCCACAACACUUCUACAUCGGACCACCCCAAGCUGUGCAGGUUCAGGCUCACCCCACCCAGCAGCUGUCCUUCCACCCCUCCUCCAACUGAACUGUCCUCGUCACAUCUGGAUUCAGGAGCGAUGGCGGCCGAGUAUCUCACAACAUUCCCACCUACGACAUCAAAUAAGCCUGUUUUAACCCGUAUGUCCCAGAGACGCAGACAGAUUUUAAAACUGAAGUACAGACUGUUUCCACACGAGGACUUGAAGCUGGACUGAAGACACUAACUGGUGAAACAUUUUGGACACAUUGUUUCCCCCCCGUCCCCCCCCGUCCCUCCUCUGUCCUUUUACAGACGAAACCA